UAAAGCGCGCGGCAACGAUGUUUCUUCGCCUGUACCUAAGCGAGGACGAGACGAUAAAGACAAGGGAGAGAAAAACUUUAUUACAGCAAUUAGAAAGUUCAACGCUUAUUACAGCCCCCUAAAACAGUGAAGAAGAAGAUACACGCUUAUUAACAAGAGAUUAAACGUUUAUAUCCACACAACCAAGGAGGAGGAUAAUAACGCUUAUUACAACAGCUAAAACCAAACGGGAACAUUUAUAUCUAUACAAUCCCAGUGAAAUCAAACGUGAAUUACAAUAACUAAGACCAAACGGGAACUAAAGUCAUAUAUACCCACACGAUCCAGGUGAAAUCAAACUUUUUCUCGGCAGACCUUUACCACUAACUCCCAUGGACAGAGUGAGUGAGAUCUUACUUUUCCUGCAGUGCUAUAUUUCCUCCCCUAAGGGACCACCACCACCCUGUGCACCCGUCUUAUUAGUGACAUGGUUAAUGGGUGCGUGCUUAGCUAUCGUCUCCGCGGCGCACCAGGCAUGUUUCAAGCUGGCCCACGCCCUCACGGAAAUACUCACGAGGGCGCCCCUACAACAGCCGCCUCCACCACCCAAGAUGGAGGAAGACCUAGAGGAAAGACUUCUGGCAGAGAUGAGCAGCAUUGCUGCUGAGAAGUGGACCAAACAGGAUAGUGGGGCCCCCAAGGUACCAAAGUCCAUGGUGGCAUCUGUGAGGAGGAUAGUGAAGAGUGUCCAAAGCAACUCCAUUUCUGGGAAAAGCUUGUUGGACUUUGCUUAUACCAAGACUGACGGGGAGGAGAAGCUACUUAAGGUCACCAGUGCUUCUGUUCCUAAUGGUAUCCUGCCAGAGGGUUAUGUGGGGGUCCUGCAUGACAUCAAGGUUAGCGGACGCCAGGCCGAUGACAGUAUCUACAGCAACCACCCUGACAUUCGGCAGAAGAUACCACGAGGCACCACAGUGAUGGACUUAAAGCAUGGAAGCGAUGAGACGCUUGAACAGGAUAUUGUUAUAUACGCCAAUCGAAAGUUCACAGGGAGCAUUGGAGACGAGGACGACUUGCAACCAGAGAACAACGACCAAUGGAAGAAAUACUUCCUGAAGGACCAGGAGGAGGCCCGGCAGGUGUUGUGCAUGGAGAAAGUCAACGGAGAAGCAGCACACUUUAGCGGCAGAUUCAUUGAGAAUCAGUUCUACAUCAUCACUGGGAGUAAGAACGUCCACAUGAUCAUCAAGAAGGAAGAGGACAUUGACAAGUAUGAAGGCGAGCGCUACAACUUUGCAAAGGUGGUGGCCAGGUGUGUGUGGCAUUCUCUUCAAGCUCUGGAGGAUGGGAACCGGAAGUUUUUGCAGAGAUUCCUUGACAAGACGAAAUGCACAGCCAUCUGUGAAUUGCUGCAGCGUGAGAACCAGCACAUUAUAAGCCUUGACCACCUGGAGGAGCCACUGCUCACCGUCAUUGGCUUCACCCCGACAGCCAGCAAUGAGGAGCCCAGCAGCCUUGUCGCUAUUCCUCCGCACCACACCCUAGACCUCCUCUCCUGCCUUGGCUUCACGGUCCCCACUCACACUGUCAUCCCAGUGGAGGAGUUGCAGAGACAUAGGGAGGAGAUCCGUCUAGGAUACCAAACGGAGGGGAAGGUGCUCUACUUCCUGGACAAGGAUGAAGAGACUAUCGGGCUGGUGAAAAUCAAGACCAUGUGGUACAUUAUGCUCCGGGCCCUGAGAGAGAAGCUGAUUUACACUACACGGCGCCGGCAGGGAUGGACUGUAGAGGACCGCAUUGAAUCUGCACACAAGAGGUUUAAGGAAAUCCAGGAGUGGCUACUUUUCUCAGACAACUAUCUUGAUGGCUGGAAGGAACUUGCCUCGACUUUCAUGAAGUCGGUGGACGAGAAGAUUAAAGAAGACUGUGUGAAGUUAGAGGAAAUCCGGCCAACUUACCCAACCAUGUGGAAGAAGUUUCUACAGGAGACAAACCGGAGUGACAUUGUGAAGCCUUGAUGCAGAUUGCAGAGGUCCUGCAUGUGUGUUUGGGGGGUUUGGCACAAAGAAGAAUGGUUUUGAAUCUCUGAACUUUACUCUGUUCCAGUGCACAGUAUUUUCUUUGACAUGUAUUUUAUGUGGUCAUUGUUUUAAAGGUCAAGAACCAAAAAAGUAUUUGUUAAGUCUCUGUGUGUGUGUGUGUGUGUGUAUUCAACUUCAGUCUGUGCCACUGGUUUAGGCCAUGACGCGUCGGCUCAAUGAUAUGUAAACCUAUUAACUUUUGCGCAACAUUAAGAGUAUUAAAAAAGAAAAUUGCCACUUACCACCCACAAAUAUUUAGUUGUACUAUCUUCUUCUAUAUACAAUCCUGUAGUCACUGUGAUACUGAGUGAACAAAUUUGUGUAUAACCUCUUCAUUGAUGUUUUCCCACACAGCAACCUUGAGUUUUGCUGGCACCAGUGUCCUUUCACAGAGUUCUUUUUUCACUAUUGAUCAAAGAUUUUCAAUUGGAACAAAGUCUGACUUGUGACCCAUUUCUUGGUGAAUGAUAAGACAGACCUCCAUUUCCUGGUGAAUGAUAAAACCAUCUGAAAUGCAGUGUUCAAUUUAUGGGCUGAUGAAGAGGAUUCUUCUCAGCAACAGGAGGAGGGGAGGUAGUGGGAAGGAACUAUUUCCCAAGAGUAGUAUCUUUUUCCUUAGCCGUGAAGGAGGGGGGGAAUGGUGACCCUGUGGUUUCUUCAGUUACCCAUCUAUCAACCAUCCCCAAAAGAAGGAUGAACAUCUAGGUGGGCUACAGUGGCUUUGGCCACUUGCAGACUCCUUAUGAACUUGCAUUUCCUUGUGUAUAUCCUGGUUAUCUCAGGGCAUAGUGAUUUGCAUUGCUGUAGUGUCAUUCAACAAUGUUUCAAAUCUGUCCUUUUUAACCUUAAAGACUUCCUAUUUCCCUGUGUAUUCUUGUGUUUAUCCCAGCGACUAUCAUCAUCAUCAUUUCAUCGACACCUGCUCCUAGGAGCUCCCACCAGGGGAUGGCCACGGCAGAAGAGUUUCCAACUUUCUCUAUCCAGACACUCCCUCCUUGCCUGCCAAAGUUUCUCAACGAUCUUUCCCCCCUCUCCCUAACAUACUCUUGCACUCUAUCUCUCCAUUUCACUGGAGGUUGUCCUCUAGCAUUCCCUCCCUCUAUCUCACUCACAUACACCCUUCUGGUCAUCUUACUCUCCUCCAUUCGCUCCAUGUGGCCAAACCACUUUAAAGUCUGUCGCUUCACUUCUUCCACCACUCCACACUUCUUCCCUUCACCCCCGAGACACAUUCCAAAACGCUCGUACACACUUUCAUUACUCAUUCCAUCCAUUCUACUCACACCACAAGCACUCCUCAAAUAACUCAUUUCCAUUACCUGCAAUCUAGACCUCUGACUUUCAUUCCAGGCCCACGUUUCACUUGCAUAUGUGAGAGUUGGUACUGCAGCGACUAAGUCUUAGCAAUUUUCAUUGGUUCAUUGCCCCACAGUAUUGCUAAAAUCUGUUCAUGUGGUGGGAUUGACAUCUCCUUAGAUACCCAGUUGACUGAGAUAUUUUGGGUUAUGGCACUUCAAUUUCAUUGUUUCUCACAGGUUAUCCCAAGUAAAGAAAAUGGUGAAUAGUAUUACGAUGUUUACUGUAUGCAUUAUGUGUUGUUUUCUCUGAACUUUAAGAAAAAAUAUAGCAUUUGUACCACUGGUCACUGUAGCACAAUUGCAUAAUCAUAUUGAGGUGAAGGAUGCUAAUUCUCUUACUGUUUGAAAAUUGGGAGGUAUAAACAAGAAACAAAGGUAAUGAAUGGCAUAUGUACCGUAUUAUCUCAGAGUAACUUUAUAAAAUUACUUGCAGCAUUACCAGAUCACAGUUGUAUCACAGUCGUAAAGGAAAGACACUGAAUCCAUUUCAAUGUACAAACUAGAGGGGUAGCAGCAGUCAGGGGUGAAUGUUUUGCCUUAGGAUAAGUGACUGUUCUUCAUUUAAUUGGAUGAGUGAUGUGUGUAUGUUUCUGAUCCACCCUGAUGUGCUGAAGUAGUUUUGGUUCACUGUAACUGCAUCUUUAUGUGAAGGUAUUAUUUUAUUUUUAUAUUAAGAUGAGGUAUUUAGUUUAUAUAUGCAAAGGAAAAGAUAAACAUAAAUUAACCACUUA